AUGGUACGGGACAGAGCGGUUGUUAUCGAAGAUGGCCUCGAAUGCCAUAGGUGGAAGGGCAUUCUAGCUUGGUUGCUCCGCACCGACUUGGUUGUGCUGCUGGUCUUUACUUUGAUUUCGGGGUACCGCCUGAUGUGGGAGCCCAAGAACGAGCGCUUGGGUACCACGGGGAGCAUUCUGAUGCUGCUCCUGGCUGCGGUCAGCGUUUUGAUCUUGGCAAUCGCAGUUUUGGUCCACCUGGGCCCUCUGAGGUUGGCAACUGCCGUCGUACGGGAGUCCUACGGGCGUCGCCGGGAGACUGCGCGACUCACUGUGCGCACCGUGAUCGCGCACCUGACAGCAACUACAAUGUGUGCUGGCACGACCCUUCUGUCGACAUCCUGCGACUUCUACUCCCAUCUUAUCUGGGCGUACCACCCUGGUGCUGCAGACCCCGAUUACGAGCUGUUCAAAACAGCUACCUUCGGCCUGGACUUGAUCACGAACGCCUGUGCGUUGCUCUUUCUGUCAAACCUCAUUCAUUUGCCAAAGCGCAAGAAAUUGGAGCCCAGGAAGCUCAACAGAGCUCAGGUACAGUGCGCAGGGUGGGAGAGAAAGGUGGCGGAGUUGUCAGCUCGCGGCUUGCCUCUUAGGACCAUUCUCAGCUUCUAUGCAGGCUUGGGCGAGAAAUACAUGACCAACUACGAUGCUGAGCAUCACACAACAGCAGAUGUGGUUUGGCAGGCCGUGAUUCCAGAAACAGCUGCGUCUGGCAUUGCGCUGUCCACGAAGCUGAUGCGGGGAAGAACACUUCCUGCCCAACGCAUGGUCACGCAUUCCUGGUCCAACAAGUUUGUCAACUUGCUGGCGGCAAUCAUUGCCGAUGGGCUCGAUGAGCCCACUUAUGAAGACAUUGCGAAGAGAUUGCUAGCUGGCAAGCUGCAGGAGGUGACAGAGGAGUUGCAGGAGAAAGGUGCUUUGGAUGUGACUUACUGGGUGUGUGCUUUUUGCAUCAACCAACAUGCGAGCAUUUGUAGCAAUGCCGGCUGCUGCUGUGAGCACCCGAAGCUCUGGAACCAUACGCCGCCGUUGAGGGAGGACGGCGAAAGCAUCGAAUGUGAGCUGAACAAGUUUGAUGACAUGAUGUUGUGUCUAAUGACAAGUGUCCCAAAGUUUUCGCAGGUUAUUGCUGUAGACGACGGGUUCACGUUGUUUCACCGCGCCUGGUGUGUUGCUGAGAUUUAUCUGGCAUACAGCCAAGACAUACCGCAGCUCCUCAAAGUCCCCUCUAGCAGAUCUAUGAACGAGCACAGUAGAUCAUUGGAGCGGCUCUGCGUUCAAGAGAUGAAAGCAUCUAGAGCAGAAGAUGUGGCUAUGAUCCUCAGCAAGAUCCAGAAUGUCGCUGACUUCAACAAGACCCUUCGCUGGAUGAUUCUUGAUGAGUCCGCUGGUCUGCUUUCGCAGUGGAAGGACGCGGUGAGCUUGUCCACCAGCCUGGCAAAGUUCGCCACGCGCUGUGCUACGUUGGACACCUUGGAGAGGACAUUCUAG